GGACCAAUCGUUUUCCGUGGCUACUACCAAAACGAUGAGCUAACAAAGGAAGUCUUGGAUGAAGAUGGCUGGCUCCACACUGGCGAUAUUGGUCGUUGGUUGAAGGAAGGAACUUUGAAAAUUGUCGACCGCAAAAAACACAUCUUCAAGUUGGCGCAGGGUGAAUACGUGGCGCCAGAAAAGAUUGAGAACAUCUAUGUGCGAUCAAAAUUCGUUGCACAGUCUUUUGUAUACGGAGAAUCUCUGAAGACAUGUCUCAUUGCUGUUGUCGUCCCUGAUGCGGAGGAAUUGAUCCCUGCUUGCAAAAACCACCUUCAUCUGACUGGAACUUUGGAAGAAUUAUGUAAGAAUAAGGACGUUGUCAAAAUGGUUCUUGAAGAUAUGGUAGCAGUAGGAAAGAAGGCUGGAUUGUUUUCGUUUGAACAGGUGAAAGACAUACGCCUUUCCCCAACUAUGUUUUCGGUAGAAAACGACCUUCUCACCCCUACACUGAAGAGCAAAAGGCCCAAGUUAAAGUCUCACUUUGCUGCUGAGCUAGCUCAGAUGUACUCUAAACUCGUCUAA